AGCCAUGGCGUAACUCGUAGCGUCAUUAUAAUGGGAACCCACUUGUUGUUUUUUUUUAGAUCUAAGGUUUAGGUAGGUUGGAAUUCUGUUUCCUUCAGCUUGGUGUUAUAUGGAUGGUUAUUUAACAUAAUGAUAGCCUUUCCAUCCAAACUGAUUGUUUUAGAAGUCUGUAUACUGGGCUCACUAAGCUUGCUUUUGGCGCAGGAAGCCAUGUUGUUCAGAGUGUCAGAAGUAAACGUCGCCAUGGUUGCACUGGAGGUACCGGAAGUGAUCACGUCUCUGACGUCAUGUGCCAUUAGAUGCCAUAUGUUGGCUGGUUCUUGUUUUAGUUUUAAAUACAACCUGGUGACAUCAUUAUGUUCACUUGGUUCGUGGAUUGUCCCUUCAAACGGAACCAGUUCUUUGCAGCCCAGCGAGGGUCUCUUUACAACAGGAGCAUUUUGUAACACGUCAUUGAACUUUACUCUAGAAACAAACGGAACUGCCAGCGUCUGUAUCUGGAUAUCAACCAAAAGUUACAACUACACAACGUCUGUCAAUUCCUGUUUAGCUCGAAGGAUGCAUCUGUACACACCAAAGACUUUGGACAAAUUCAGUAUAAUGACAUCAAUAGUUAUAAGACUGCAGAAAAAUUUCUGGAUCGGACUGGACGACAUAGAAGUGGAAAAUGUCUUUAGAUGGGUGGACGAUGGAUCUCUUCUGGACAACAAUUACAGGAAACAGAUAUUUGCUCCAAAUCAACCCGACAAUCACAACGGCUCCGAGGACUGCGUGGCUUACAAUUUAAAAUAUUUCCCGCUCAACGAUGGGACCUGCAGUUCUGCUCUUCCAUAUAUCUGUGAAAAAGGUACAACAGAGUCUACUUUUUAAAAAGCCAGACCAACAGCAGAAGUAUAGAAUCAAUUAAAGUGUUAGUAAAUUAAAUAACA